CCUCCUUCUCCAAGGCGAUCAAUCGGAUCUCAGGCAUACCACAAGCACUCUCUUACGUAGACAUCCACAAGGAGAGAGCUAAUACAACAACACGGCAGAUCUGCUCAACAAAUUUACCUGCUUUCUGCACCAUGUCGUUGAGCCCAAAGCACACAACGCCUUUCUCAGUGACAGAUAUUUUGAGUCCUAUCGAGGAGACCUACAAGAAGUUUAGUGGCAUGGACGGCACGGGGAACCUCACCUCUCCACUGGGAGCUUACCGACAACCUCAGGUUUCUCAGCCUGGCAUGCAGCAGCACUCUAUGGGCCACAACGCUACCGUCGCGACCACCUACCACAUGCCACACAGCGUCUCUCAGUUCUCGCACAGUGCCAUGGGAGGGUACUGCAAUGGAAGCAUUGGCAACAUGGGAGACCUUCCCUCGUACCAAGAGACCAUGAGAAAUAGCGCAGCAGCAACAGGGUGGUACGGCGCAAACCCAGACCCAAGAUAUUCAACAAUUUCUAGAUUCAUGGGACCUUCCACAGGUAUGAAUAUGACCGGAAUGGGGACGCUGACAGGAAUGGCAGACGCCGCCAAAUCCAUGCCACCAUUACACGCGGCGCCCAGGAGGAAACGGCGAGUUCUGUUUUCUCAGGCUCAGGUGUACGAGCUGGAAAGGAGAUUUAAGCAACAGAAAUACCUCUCGGCGCCAGAGAGGGAACACCUGGCGAGUAUGAUCCACCUUACCCCGACCCAAGUGAAGAUCUGGUUCCAGAACCACCGGUACAAGAUGAAACGGCAGGCCAAGGACAAAGCCACGCAACAGUUGCAGCAGGAGAGCAACCUGUGUCCGCAGCAGCAGUCUCCGAGGCGGGUGGCCGUCCCCGUUCUCGUUAAGGAUGGUAAACCAUGUCAGAAUGGCUCUAGCACGCCGACGCCAAAUCAGCAACAGGUCCAGCAACAUCAACAGCAACAGAACGGUUCUGGGGGAGUUAUACCCGCUUCCAGCAAUACCAUCAAUCAACAUCAAAACCAGCAGGUGAACCCUUUGGUUCAGGCCCAAGACCUGGAGGAAAUGUCACCGAGCCCUCCGUCUCUGCACAGCCAGAUCAGCAACCUGGCACAGAUUGACACUUCUGCUGUAGAUUACACCAACAAUAUGGUCAGUUCGAACCUGCUUUAUGGCAGAACGUGGUAGGACCAGUGGUAAUUUUCCUUUUUAUGUUACCCUAUGGAUAGAGGUUGCAAGCCCAAAAAGCAGACGAAACAAUGUAUCAUGUUGAUAUAUAUCCAACUGUGAAGAUUGUAGCCUUCGAUGGACUUGAAGGACUACACCAUGAGGCGUUCCACCUGGUUGGGGCACAGUUUUUUGAUUUUUUUUUUUUUAAGCGCAGCUUCUUUCUUCCUUUUUCGAACACUUAAACGGUUGCCGGUGAAACUGUUUGUGUUGUUUAUUUUGGGACUUCCCUAUUCUCUUAAUGUAGUAAAUGUUUUUGAACAGGAAUGCUGCUCCACUUGGGAAUGCGAGGAACCAGGGCGGGAAAAGGGGUUUCAGGUAUAAACUUUUCAAAAGGGAAUUGCCACACCAUCGAAGUGUUUUACCUGAUAUUUUAUGCUAUACGUAUUGUAAAAUAAUUUAGACAUUUAGAUAAAACAAAAGUAGAACAUGUAUAUUUGGCUAACACACCAGACUGAGUUUACCUGUAUUAUACUUGUUUUAAGGCAAAUAUUUUGUUUUAUUUCUUUUGUAAGUUAAAAAAAUAAACACGUGAUGGCUGCUGUAUAUGUUUCAAACCAAUUGAAGUUAACAAUAAAUCAUUUGAAGUGCAA